GACCUUCCAAUCUCUUGUCUGUUCUAGAAAUACUGAAUCAUGAAGACUCUGAUGCUCUUGGCAGCCCUUUGCCUUGUUCUCUGUGUUGUACUGCCUCAAACCGACGGGGCCUGCUACGUUAUACGCGUUGUGAGAUGCUACUUGGUCUACUCCAAUGGACGGUGGUAUCGCCUCUGUAGAGUGCAGUACCGAUAUAGGUGCUAUGGCAAGAGAGACCAGAUCGAGGAUGACCAGGGAAGAGCUGAAAGCAAAAGAAAAAGACCAGCAGAAAAGGCUAUCAUUGAAAAGUUCCCGCACAAGUGCUCUACCUAUGACAAGAACGGUGACGGAAAAAUCACCUUCGAUGAGUUCCGAAAAACCCUUAAAGAUGUGCACGACACCAAGACGCUUCGAAAACUCUUCAAAGCUACUGACAAAGAUGGUGAGUUCAAACGCGUUCCUACAACAAAAAUGUAAUCACAAAUGUAAAUU